AUAUUUGCUUUUUCUGUUCGAACCAGGUGUUCGACAGAGGCUCAAACCUGAAUAGUUCAGUUUCGUUUGUAAAUAAAAAUUGUCGAUCCAGUGAGGAGCUGAGGAGAUGGCGGCUGCCAACAUGGAGAAGGGGGAGCUAAUGAGCCAGGUGAAGCAGCAGAUCGCGCUGGCCAACGCCCAGGAGAUGCUCUCGAAGAUGACGGAGAAGUGCUUCAAGAAGUGCAUCCAGAAGCCGGGCAAAGCCCUGGACACCACCGAACAGCGAUGCAUUUCGCAGUGCAUGGACCGCUUCAUGGACGCCUGGAAUCUCGUUUCGCGCACCUAUGGAAAUCGCUUGCAGAGGGAGCAGUACAGGAAUCUGGACACGGUGGAGAUAAACAACUGAUCUCCUUGCCAUUAAAGUAUGAUUUAUUUUAUUUUUGAUCCGA